UUACAAUUUAAUUACAAGUGGAUAUUCAAAAAUUUGAAUUUGAAGGCAUGGCAUGUAAUAAAGCAAAAAUAACAUGAGCAUAAACAACUUUCAUUUGCCAAGACCAGGAUGCCAAGACCAUGUGUGGACUGUUUGUGUCUGUAGGCCUAUAGGCCUAUGUGUUUAAAUCACAAAUUAUUUUUGCUAAUUACAUGCCAUGCCUUUAAAUUCAUGUUUUUGAAUAUCCACUUGUAAUUAAAAUUACAAACCAGUUGCAAAUGUUUUAUUGAAAGUAUAUUAGAUGCAAUUAACAAAUAAUCUAACACCAUUAUAAGUGUAUUAAUGUAAAACAAUUUAAUUUUGUAGAAUUUAACUAAAAUUCAUUGUGAAAGUACUACAGGUUUGAUGAUUUCACAACAUAACCAACAUGAUUAAAAGCCUUUUGGAACGAUUUACCAACUGAGCAAACAAUUAAUAGGCUAAGGAAUGGCACAUGCAGUCUAUAAUCAUAACAAACUUUAUUGUGCCACAGCAGAUAGAUUUUGGCAAAGAAGUUAUUAAACGACACAUAAAGACUGAAAACAAGCAUAUAAUAAAAAAUACUGUUGGCUCCUUACUUGGAGCUAGUCUAUCAGAUACCUCUGGCAAAUCAAUGACUGUAAAUCAUUAUAUCAAUCAUAAAACAAAACACAAUAUAUAAAUCGAUAUAUAUUGAUGAACAAUUAUAUUCUAAGUUUAACUUCUUUCUACGCUGACGCUGUGAUCCGGAGAGGACGCGGUAAAACUUUCAGUGGCUUUAUUAAUAAUUAUUUAUUUUCCUUUUUCAUUUUCAAUGUUAUGUCAUGUUUGGCCGUCCCUGAACCCCUGGCUCUUUUCUCUUAGCUUAUUUCUCACUUUUGUACUUUGUAAGCAAAUGUUUAAUAUUAAUAAUAAAAGAAAAGAAAAAAAACUUUCAGUGGCGCUUUAACACAGAACAGGAAACUCAUAAAUAUUCGUGUUUACUCCGCCCAGUCUAGUCAUGGCAGAAACAAAUCUUUUCGAAUUGAAUCAAUUGCUUCAAAAUGAUUCACUGGUUCGAAGCGUUCGAAACGCCACACGCUGGUGACCCCUGCUGGUCAGAACAGUGUAAAUGCAACGAAAACUAAGCAAAAACAUGCAUAAAAACACUUUUCACAAACCAAUUGCAAAAGUUUUAUUUAAAGUGUAUUCAACAAAUCAGCUAAUACCAUUAUAUACAUUCUAUACCAUUUUAUUAAAUUGUAGGGCUUGUUUUUGUUUGUUUUAUGGAGAUCUUGGUUAAUCAGGAUAAUAAGAGACUACUUUUACCUUUUAUUAUAUAAAUGUGUCAUUAAAUGUCUACAUUUUUUGUUUGUUUGUUUAAAUCUGAGAUCAGGUAAAAAAAAAAAAAAAAAAAAAAAAAAAAUUAACAGACACUGGUUCAUGGUUCAAAGCCAAAGAGAUCAUCGACCCCCUAGCGGCGAACCACUGAAAUUUCGAAACAGUUAUGACGCAAUGAAGCCUCGUUUACUGUAAUCACGUGACACGCGCUCCAAAUCACUAGUUCGAAACAAAUGAUUCGCAAAGGUUUCGAAGCUUCACGAGUGUUUCGAUAGCGCCCAUCACUAAUUACACCUUUAAAUUGUGUGAGUAGCUGCGUCCCAAUUCGAAGGCGGCAUCCUUCGAAGGACGCGAAGGUCGAACCGCGCGUUGAUAAAUGAGACUGACUAGGAGGAUUUCAUAUUUGUGAUAUAAAUGUUAAUGAUUCCAGCAAGUCCUUCAAUUUAAAGGCUCAGAUGGAUGUGCGCAAUAGAAAAACUCGCCAGCAGAUGGAUGAUGCUACUGGUCCAAGCAACUCUCCUCACCAGAUGAAAGACAUGGAUCUUCAAGAUUCUGAUGAACUCUACGAUUCUACAUCAGAGAGUUCAGAUUCUUACAUUUCAGAUAUCUUUUCUGAAAGUGACAGUGAUGAUAACCUUAUACCAGACCAGGCAAAUCUUCAGCUUCUUGACGAACUGGAUGUUGAUGAGUCUGGCUCAGCGAGUUCCCCUGUCUGUGAGACAACAUCAGACAAAAUGUCCUUUGAUAGCCACAGCCUUACAUCUGAAGCAUCUGGAACAGCAGAAGAACCCUGCUCCAGUCAGGACACAAAAGACAGCAUAGUUGUUAGUGCAUGCCAAAAAAUAGGUGGCAGUAGAGUGUACAACAAGAGGCAUUACUGCUUUUAUUGCCGUAAGCCUUACGCUAAGAUGGCAAGGCAUCUAGAAGGUUCGCAUGAAAAAAAACCUGAUGUGGCUAAAGCUCUAAGCUUUCCAAAGGGAUCCAAGGAGAGAAGAAAACUGCUAGAUUAUAUUCGCAACAGAGGAAACUAUGCUCACAAUGCUGCUGUUAUGAAAUCAGGAAAAGGGGAACUAGUGCCAUGUAAACGGCCACCUAAAGAAGCGCAGGGAGAUGAUUUCAUGCACUGUGUAUACUGUCAAGGGCUUUUUAUAAGAAAGGUCCUGUGGCGACAUCUGCGUUCUUGUAGACUUAAACCUCAAUCAUCAAUCGCCUCCAAACCAGGAAAAUACCGUGUUCAGGCUUUGUGUAGAUACACAGGGCCUGUGCCUUCAAACAUGUCUAAACAACUGUGGGGAGUAAUCACUACCAUGAAUCUUGACCCAAUCACGGAAAUAAUAAAAAACGACAAAGUAAUUAUUGAUUUUGGACAGCACUUGUUAAACAAAGGUGGGAUAUUAGCCAAGAAUAAACAGCAUGUGCGAGAGAAGAUGCGAGAAUUGGGAAGGCUGCUUUACAAUGCUAGGAGAGUCACCUCCUUAAAAACAAUGAAAGAUUGUGUAAAUCCAAAGAAGUACAUGGAGACUGUCAAAGCUGUCAAGCAUACAUGUGGGUAUGACAUUGAAACCGACAAGUUCUUGACUCCAACACUUGCCAACAAGCUUGGGAAUUCCCUGGUUAAAGUAAACAAAGUUUUAAAAGCUCAGGGUUUACUCUCGAACAACAAAGAGCUUGUGAAGAAUGCCAGCGAGUUUCAAGACAUCCAUGAGGAGAAGUGGAACGAGAUGAUCUCGGCUACAGCAUUGAGGAACAUCAGGGACGCAAAGAGUAAUGUACCCACUCUCAUGCCCUUUACUGAAGAUGUUCAAAAAAUGCAUACACAUCUCAGUCAAGUGCAAGAUAAGUGGUACAGAUCACUCUCUGAAAGUCCCUCUACUAAAGCCUGGAUGGUGCUGGCAAAGGUGUGUCUAGCCCAGGUGAUUCUCUUUAACCGGCGCAGGGAAGGAGAGGUGGCGAGCCUGCCUUUGUCUGCAUUUUUAUCAAGAGACACUUUUGAUCCGAAUGUGGAUGUGGGCUGGGCACUCUCCGAAGUGGAAAAAAUACUCUGCAGACACUUCUCAAUGAUUGUCACCAGGGGAACCCAUGGUUGGCCAGUUCCAAUUCUUCUGACUCCAAAAAUGUUGUGUUCCUUAGAACUCCUUGUUCAGCAGAGAGAGGCUUGUGGGGUUUUAAAAGACAAUGGUUAUUUGUUUGCAAGACCAGAAGCCAUGACGUAUUUCGAAGGGUCAGGCUGCCUCCGUGGCUUUGCAAAGGCAUGCGGUGCAAAGUUUCCCAAGUCACUGACAUCUACCAGACUGCGAAAGCAUGCCGCAACCCUUUCAACAGUGCUGAAUAUGACAGACACAGAGAUGGACCAGCUUGCCAACUUUCUUGGACAUUACAUAAUAAUCCAUGGUGAGUUCUAUCGACUCCCUGAAAAGACCCUACAACUUGCCAAAAUUAGCAAAGUUCUAAUGGCUCUUGAGCAAGGAAGAUUAGCUGAGUUCCAUGGCAAGAACUGGGAUGAAAUUGGGAUCGAUCCUGAUGAAAAAGUUCUGAACUGUGAUGAGGAAGAAAGGAGCGUACAGGAGGGACAAUGUUCAUCUACUGUUCAUGGUAAAAUUACCCAGAGGAAAAAACCCUGGCAGCAGACAGAGGUGCAGGCGGUGGAAAGACACAUGAUGCAUUUCAUCACAUCUUGUACUGUACCAGCAAAGAGUGACUGUGAGAAGUGUUUAAAGGCUGAACCAGAAGCUCUAAAGAACCGGGACUGGAAGAAUCUGAAGUUCUUCAUAUAUAACCGCAUUACAGCUUAUAAAAGGAAUUUGCAGUGCAAAUAAUGAAAUGAAGAUUACCAACUCUGGCAAUAUGGCAGUUGGUAUGGCAGUUUUUGUAUAAAUUACUUUUCCAUGUUCCAAGUUGAUCCAGAAAUACCUACUCUGCUUCUGAAGAGGUCAAAACUCCGGCCAAACUUGUAGGAUAUUGAACAACUUUGUUAGAUCAGUACUUUUCAGCUUGUGGCCUUCACCUGUCACCCGAAACAUACUGCAAACAUUUCAAAUAGGGUACAAGUGAGCCAUAAAAACAACAACAACCAGUUAUUUACAUCCACAGACAUAUUGUAAUAACAUUUUUCCGUAACACUUUAGGGUCUUUUAACUAGUUGCUUAGUAGCAUGCAUAUUACUAGAAUAUUGGCUAUUUAUUAGUAAUUAUUAAGCACAUAUUAAUCCCUUAUUCUGCAUGACCUUAUUCUACAUUCUUAAUCUUACCCAAUACCUAAAUUUAACUAAUUUACUAACUAUUAAUAAGCAGUAAAUUAGGAGUUUAUUGAGGGGAAAGUGGUAGUUAAUAGUUUAUACGUGUUUCCCUAUACUAAAGUGUUACCAAUUUAAUAUCCUACAAGUUUUGCUUGAGUUUUGACCACUAGUUUUUAAAAUUCUUUUGUCUCAACCAGAAAUUUUUUAUACUUCUUAGUAUAACAAUAGUUUGUUUUUGAGGUUCAUUCAAAUUCAUUUGUUGAGUUUGUUUGUAAAGUUGAACUCAUUUCAAGUUAAAUUCAGCUAUUUAAAUGUGAGUUAAUGUCUUGAGGUUCAAUUAGUUGUUAGUAGUAGAUUUAUUAUCUUGGUAGUAAGUACCAGGUGAACUAGUAGCAGAUGGUUGGUUGUGGUUAAAAACUAUUAAAAUCAUUAUUAUUAAAGAAAGAAUAGAUUGCAGUUUAAAGGUUUGACUUCUUGUUUUGAUAUGGAUUUUUGACAAUAUACAGACAAUAAUUCACCACUCUUUUAAAUCUUUGUAUAUGAACAGAGAACUUCUGCUUCAUCCAUUUCAAUCACACUGAUAUUCCUGUCAAAUCUAGAAACAUCAAACAAUCAAACCAAAAAUUCUGCACUACAUGGAGAGUGAAACUUUACAUCACUAGCACCAUUUACAGGCUGAAAGCCUGUCUGCAUAUCCCAGCCUAUGCUUGACACAUCAAUUGACCAUAUGCACAGAACGUUCUAACUUCCGCAAUAAUAUAAGCCAGCUGGAAAACUUCCGGUAAAAUGUCACUUGUUGGUGUGUCGGUAUCUUCAAUGUCCUGAGGUAGCUUUAACAGCAUCAAUAGUGUAAUACUUAGUUUAUAAUCAGAAUAUAGUCACUUACAUAGUCAGACCUGUGUUAAUUUAGUUAGACGACGUAAGACAAUAUAAAAAAGACGCACCCUCAGUGUUCCUCAGCAAAAUUCAAUCCGACCAUCAGUUUUCGUCAACACACUGUAAAUAACAGAUUUUUUGUGCACUUUAGUUAGAUUCAUUAAAUAAAAUGUGAGUUUUCACAAGUGUGCCGAAAUCAUUUAGCUUGCGCUGCACUGACAGCUUCAGUGAUUAUAAAGGGCGAGCGCUCACUUUCUGUGUAAUUCAUUCGCAAGAAAAGUUAUUGUUUUUCAUGAGAUUUUGUGAGUGCUUCAUACUUCACCUUGACAAAAUUUAUUUUUAAACCUAGUGAUUUUAUAAUGUUUAAUUAUGUUGCGUGCAGACUCUGAUGCCUUAGCAAAUCGCGCUACCGUUCUUGACAAUGUACAGUCGAUUUAGCACUUACUAGCAUGAAGAACAAAUAGCCUGGCACAAAAGGUGCAUAAAGAUCAAUUUAAGAUUCAAACUCUUGAUACAAAACAUACCUUUUGUGAGCAAGAAUUUUACGAGCAAGAAUGUAAAUCCAAAUAUCCACACGAUUGCAAAUGUGACAUUGAUUUCAUACAACAGUUCAACAAACAAAAGGGUAAUAUUAAGUGAUGUUCUUCACAAUAUUGUCAGCAUUUGCUCUAUUGUGCAAUGAAAGCCACAGCAGAACUACAACACAGCGGUAAUUCGUGAACGAAUCUGCAGCUUUGAACGAAUCGUUCGUGAAAGCCAUUGAUUCAAUGAUUCAUUCAUAAAUACAGCCACUUGCUUCGUUGAACAAAUGACUCGAUGACUCACACAUUAAGACAGUGACUUACCGCCAUCUACUGGCAGUUUUAGUAUUUAAUCACUUUUCACGUUUUUAUCAUUGCAUAUGUCUCUAUUGAAUAUUUUUUUUAUUUAAAACAUUGUAAAUGUUGUAAAGAUAUUUAUAAAGAUAAAAAAAUGCACUGGAAAGUCAAUUUAGGGGGCAAAUAUUGUCCCUUAAUGGAAAAGGUGCAGUCUAACCGGAAGAGAGGGGGUAUGCGGAAGGAUGCUAAAUGCCUCAGGGGGUACUCCACUCUAAAAAGUUUGGGAACCACUGGCCUACAGUAUAUUAGCCUUGAUUUACCCCAUUACAAUAGUCCAUUUACAGUUACUGCUAUCAUAAAAAUACACUUACUUGUAGGUUUAAAAUUGUACAUAUGGCACAUUUAAUGUCCAACAUCAAAUAUUUUAGCAAAAUGUAUAUUUUAGUCAGAAUUAUUGCGCUCCUAUAUUGCGUUCCAUCUGUUUGGCACGCAUGCACGCAGCAACGCUCAUUCGCUGUGAAGUUUAGCAGCAAAAUGGAAAUAUUUGUAUGACUUUCUAACAUUUACAGAUGGAGAAUAAACUUGUGAAAUGUAAGUUAUAAACUGAGGAAAACAUAAUGUCUCAAACGCAUAAAAUAGCACAAAAUGUAUGCUGUUUCCUAUGGUUGAUCGAUUUGAUCCAUGAUUGACCUCUAGGGCUGCUUAAGAAAACCGUGCACACACAAUUAUCCUGACUAGGUAAACCUGGAUCAAAUUAGCGGGACUGCGUGAACUUCAAUUACCUUUUAUGAAACCGCUUUAGCCCCAACUUAUUUGUUAGGUUCAUUCAAGUCAGGUGUUGGAGUUUAAACCUCGCUUUUCUUAGCAUCUUUUAUGAAAUAGCCCUUGGGUGUAUUCAGAGCACCGCCAUUACCGUUUGCAGUGCGUGGAAUGGUGCGCUGUGAUUGGUUGAGCGGAUAUAUCGCAUUCUGCAGAGAAAGGAGACUGGCGUUUGUCGCGUUUUGGAAAGAAAGAGAGAAAACAUGACAGAAUAACACGACGAAUAUCGCAUUUUGCGCAAAAUUAAUAAAUGACUUUUCAAUACCAAAUACUGAUUGUGGCGGAAACUCAAUUUUUUUUUAAAAAAUGGCGCAUAUCGCGUUUUGGAACCAAAACUCUUCAAAUAAUGUUUUUGGUCAUCACAUUAAAAAUGACAUUUGAAGUGUUGGGAAAAUGUUGCGUGUGUGUGUCUAAUUACAGACACAGUGUUUCUUAUUCAAACGAUCCCAUUAGCUUAAUCUUUAUUGCAAUCAAUAAAACGGGUUAUUAUUUGCAAAUUAGGCAAGUGUGAUAACUGCAUUAAAAUAUAAAUACAACAUUAAAAAAUCAACCAUUGAUGGUUUUGUGUCAAUGUACAGCGAGUAUGGAAUGACAGCUAACAGUUCUCCAGAAAUGCCCAAGCUAGCUUAAAGACAACCAGGAGGUAACCGUGCAUAUGGUCAAUUGUGAUCUGCUCUGACAAUACUGUACAGCACUCUGCUGUUUCACAGGGCUAGAGCCGAGGUUUUCAAUCCUGGUCCUGAGGACCCACUGAUCUGCACAUUUUGUAUAUUUCCAUUACUUAACACACCUGAUUCAGAUUACCAGCCUAUUAGGAGAGAUCCAUAAACUGAAUGUGUCCCCAAACCCGAAUGUGUCAGAUAAGAGAGGCAUACAGAAUGUGCAGAGUGGUGGAUCCAGGCAGCUGCAGGUCAUCGUGGCGCGCAUAAGGCCCACAUGCCUGGCACAGAGUGGGAUGGGGGCUUUCAGCCAAAGCUGAAGUGGUCGAUGUGAAGCAAUCCUAAUCAACACACACUCUCAAGGCUGUGGGCAUCAACCCGAGGGUUUUCUAAAAAACACUUUAAGGGAAGAGUUUUCCUCAGCUUGAGCUCAGGGAGUUGAUUAAGGUCUGUGAGUGCUUGGAUACGUGUACACUAAUUCAGAUACAUUUGAAAACGCAUCUUUUUGGAAAAUGCUUGAAAAUGCCAGUUUGCAGCAUUUUAAAGAUACGUUGACUGGGUUUCAGAAAAGUAUAUAGCUUUUCUGCAAUAUUUACUGGCAGCCCCAAACAUAGAAGUUGGUUGAUAAGCAUGAGUCUGUGGCCAUGACAAGCCAAUCAUCCAGAGAAUUCAGCAUGUGAACUCCACUCAAUUUCAAGAGGGGAGAGAAAUGUAUCAAUACCAAAGGGGAGGGUUGUAAACUAAUACGCUGCACCUUAGAAUGCAAACUUCAGAAAACGCCUGUGAAUGAUGAAAGGUAAUCUGAAUAUGAAUUAGGCAUUCUUUAGGUCCACUGAGAUAAACCAGUCUCCCGGCCAAACAUGCGAGAGGAUUUGUUUCAGUGUGGUCGUUUCGAAUGGGCACUUUGAUAAUGUGGUCUAAAGCCCGGAACAACCAAGCCGACGCCGACGAACUAGUGGCGACGAAAGCAGACUGCGGGGUUGGCUCACGUCGGCAGCGUCUGGGUCCAAAGUUGCCCUCACACCAAAACGACACCUGACGGCCAAGUAGCACGUCUGUUCUGUGUCUGCGUAAGAAGAAAUGUCUUUCCGUACCAGCAGAAGGCAGUAGCUGAACAGCCAAUCAGAAUGAUCAGAUGGUCCGACUGACUGACAAGCUCCGAUGCCGAUUCAACAUGUCGAAUCGGCUAAAAAAAAAACCAACGAGGACCAACUUCAGCCGACGGUGCAGAACACACUGAGAAAACUUAGUCGGCCGACAAACAAAAACUGCCCGACGGCCAACCGUCGGCUCGGUGUGUUCCGGGCUUAAAAGCCACUCUUGCUCUCAACGAGAGACACCACCUCCACUGCGAGGAGGUUGUGAGUUUCCACCCAUAAGACAUUUUGAGCUUGCUUAGCAGACAUUAUAACAUCAUUAACUCUGAAAUACCACACCACUGCAUAAUCUGACAGGGACUGAAAAUAUUUGGGUGUGAGCUGAGAGUAUGUAUAUCUGCCACAGUGUUUUAGAGAACACCCCCUCCCUCCUCCCCAACAGAAAAAUUCAACUUAAUUAUCAAAGGAACAGUUACAUACUUUCUGAACUUUCAUUCAAAAUUGGCCCAGAAAUUUGAAAGAUUUUGAAUGUGUUUGAUGUUUCUGAUAAACUGAACAGAAUUUUUUUUGUUUUGUCUUAGCCUCACAUACUGCCUAUGUUAGUAUGGAUUUAGUGUGUGCUAAGGGCCAUGCAGUUGGCAUUUUUCAGACCUAAAACAGUCUCGCACUGCAGAUGUGUAUUGGGACAGGCCCUGUGACUAAUGAUUGUACAGCUGCAGACAAGUGGUAUGAAAGGGGCGGAGCACACAACCUCAAUUUUGAUUUUCAACAUUGAACUCAAGAUGUCACCAUCUACUCAUUCUACCAAGCUUUUGCAAAUACAUUCUGCAACUGCAGCACAUUAUUGAGGCAGUUCAUUGGAGUAACAUACAGUGGGUACAGAAAGUAUUCAGACCCCCUUAAAUUUUUCACUAUUUUUUAUAUUGCAGCCAUUUGCUAAAAUCAUAUGUUCAUUUUUUUUUCCUCAUUAAUGUACACACAGCACCCCAUAUUGACAGAAAAACACAGAAUUGUUGACAUUUUUGCAGAUUUAUUAAAAAAGAAAAACUGAAAAAUCACAUGGUCCUAAGUAUUCAGACCCUUUGCUGUGACACUCAUAUAUUUAACUCAGGUGCUGUCCAUUUCUUCUGAUCAUCCUUGAGAUGGUUCUGCACCUUCAUUUGAGUCCAGCUGUGUUUUAUUAUACUGAUUGGACUUGAUUAGGAAAGCCACACACCUGUCUAUAUGAGACCUUACAGCUCACAGUGCAUGUCAGAGCAAAUGAGAAUCAUGAAGUCAAAGGAACUGCCUGAAGAGCUCAGAGACAGAAUUGUGGCAAGGCACAGAUCUGGCCAAGGUUACAAAAAAAUUUCUGCUGCACUUAAGGUUCCUAAGAGCACAGUGGCCUCCAUAAUCCUUAAAUGGAAGACGUUUGGGACGACCAGAACCCUUCCUAGAGCUGGCCGUCUGGCCAAACUGAGCUAUCGGGGGAGAAGAGCCUUGGUGAGAGAGGUAAAGAAGAACCCAAAGAUCACUGUGGCUGAGCUCCAGAGAUGCAGUCGGGAGAUGGGAGAAAGUUGUAGAAAGUCAACCAUCACUGCAGCCCUCCACCAGUCGGGGCUUUAUGGGAGAGUGGCCCGACGGAAGCCUCUCCUCAGUGCAAUACACAUGAAAGCCCGUAUGGAAGGACUCCAAGAUGGUGAGAAAUAAGAUUCUCUGGUCUGAUGAGACCAAGAUAGAACUUUUUGGCCUUAAUUCUAAGCGGUAUGUGUGGAGAAAACCAGGCACUGCUCAUCACCUGUCCAAUACAGUCCCAACAGUGAAGCAUGGUGGUGGCAGCAUCAUGCUGUGGGGGUGUUUUUCAGCUGCAGGGACAGGACGACUGGUUGCAAUUGAGGGAAAGAUGAGUGUGGCCAAGUACAGGGAUAUCCUGGACGAAAACCUUCUCCAGAGUGCUCAGGACCUCAGACUGGGCCGAAGGUUUACCUUCCAACAAGACAAUGACCCUAAGCACACAGCUAAAAUAACGAAGGAGUGGCUUCACAACAACUCCGUGACUGUUCUUGAAUGGCCCAGCCAGAGCCCUGACUUAAACCCAAUUGAGCAUCUCUGGAGAGACCUAAAAAUGGCUGUCCACCAACGUUUACCAUCCAACCUGACAGAACUGGAGAGGAUCCCCAAAUCCAGGUGUGAAAAACUUGUUGCAUCUUUCCCAAAAAAGACUCAUGGCUGUAUUAGAUCAAAAGGGUGCUUCUACUAAAUACUGAGCAAAGGGUCUGAAUACUUAGGACCAUGUGAUAUUUCAGUUUUUCUUUUUUAAUAAAUCUGCAAAAAUGUCAACAAUUCUGUGUUUUUCUGUCAAUAUGGGGUGCUGUGUGUACAUUAAUGAGGAAAAAAAAAUGAACUUAAAUGAUUUUAGCAAAUGGCUGCAAUAUAACAAAGAGUGAAAAAUUUAAGGUGGUCUGAAUACUUUCCGUACCCACUGUACAGCCUUGAAAUGAGUCCAGUCUCUUUUUAUCUUUAUUGCACAACCAUACCAAAAAUACACAAAACUUGUUAAAUCACAGGCAAUAUAAUUAGGAGGUGUGCAGACCUGUAUUAAAUAUAUAACCUCAACAUUUUUUCCUUUUUUGUACAUUGUGUUUUUAAAAAAAAAAAAAAAAAAGUUAUUUUGUUAUUAAUAUAUGUUUUAUAAAACGGUUAGUUCCUGUCCUUGAUUCUAAUUGGUCAAUAGCUGUGUUUUAUUCAUGAUAAAACACGGCUAUGACUGCUUCACCCAACGGUUCUGUGUAUCACUACACAACACUCUUAGCAAUGUAAACUGUAUGUUCUCAAUUGAUAUUGUUCAUUGAAGCUUACUGUAUUAUGUAGAAGAGUAUUAUGAGAAAGAGAUCGAUUGAACGAGUUUAUUACCUGCAUUCAGAUUUAGCGUUUUCCUUUAGGUCAGUCCUAUGUUCAUAAUAAAAAAUCUGUUUAAAUGUCCAAUGUAUUAUCCUGUCCUUUUAACAGUUAAGGGGUUCUGACAGUGCUAGUCAAAGCAUUUGUCAGUUGCAUCUUGUUCCAUGUUCACAACAAUUCAGUCUUUUCAAUAUAAAAGUCUUCAUUACUGACUGACACACUCAUAAAGACAGUAUUUGCCGCCAUCUAAUGGAGUAAUAAUGUAACUUCUGUUGCUGUUCACGGUUGGACUAUUUUUUUUCGGCGGAAGGAAGGCUUCAGUGAAAGUUUACUUCAUGGAAGUUGCAUUGAUAAAUUUUUUUGGCUUUAAUAUUUGUAUUGUGUGGUAACCGUGUUAUAAAAGCAAUAAGGUACUCGAGGCUAGUGCUGUAUCGUGAAUAAGUCACGGCUGAAGGGGUUGCAGGAACUCCACUUCACGUCAUGCCUAACAACACCCUUUAGCCAUGACUUACCUCUUGUACCUUAUUGCUUACAUAUAGCCUAUUUCAAAACAUGUUUGGAAAAUGAUAUGAACUGUUGUAUUAUGUAUAUGUACUAUAAAUAUCCUAUUGUGAUAUUGCAACAUUUUCAAAGUAAAGAACAACUGAACAUUUCUGAUAAA